AUGGCCCUCGAAGCCUCAGCGAAAGCUAGGUCCAAGGGCGCCGAGCCUGUGCUCCUUGCCCUCAGCAUGGGUCCCAGGUCCCGAAAACCAAAGAAGAAGAACCCGAACAAAGAAGACAAGAGGCCACGCACCGCCUUCACUGCUGAGCAGCUGCAGAGGCUCAAGGCCGAGUUUCAGACCAACAGGUACCUGACAGAGCAGCGGCGCCAAAGUCUGGCGCAGGAGCUCAGCCUCAACGAGUCUCAGAUCAAGAUCUGGUUCCAGAACAAGCGGGCCAAAAUCAAGAAAGCCACGGGCAACAAGAACACUCUGGCGGUGCACCUCAUGGCGCAGGGCCUGUACAACCACUCCACCACGGCCAAGGAGGGCAAGUCGGACAGCGAGUAG